AUGAAAGAGUUAGCAAAAGAUGUACUAAAGUCAGGAAUCAAACCUGAACUUGGAGACUACAUAAACUGGACUGAAAACUAUGAUAAUGUUAUACAGCAAGCAGCAGAUAGAAAAGAAGAGUUGACCAGAAGGGCAACAUUUGGUAGAGAAGAACCUAAGAAAAGAACUUUUGAAGUAAAUUUCUGUCAAUUAUGUCAAGAAAAAGACCACAUAGCACCCGAGUGUAAAUUGACAAAACCACCAAUUACAACACAAGAAAAACCUAUAACCACUUGCUACAAAUGUAGACAAAGGGGCCACGUCUCAACUAAUUGCCCACAAGACCUCAUAAAUUUAAAGAAAAAAGAAAACCAACAAAGUUGCCAACUAUGUAAUAACAACGAACACAUAGCAAAAAACUGUCCAACAAUUGUAAAAAAAUUAGAAAAUGACAAAACAUGUCAAAUUUGCGAUACUAAAGGUCAUGAUUAG